UCUGGGCCGUGUGGUUCUCCGGAGGGCGGCGGCCACUGCCGCUCCCAGCGACCCAGCGCGCCCGCGACGCGGCGGACACUGCUGAUCUCUAAGACAAGAGCCUGGAAAGAGGACUGUGUGGACUUGAAAACUGCAAAGUAAUGUCUCAGGUGACAUUUAGUGAUGUGGCUAUAGACUUCUCUCAUGAAGAGUGGACAUGGCUAGAUUCUGCUCAGAGGAAUUUAUACAAGGAUGUGAUGGUCCAGAAUUACAAGAACCUCGUUUCUCUAGCAGGUCUUUCCGUAACUAAACCAUAUGUGAUCACUUUAUUGGAGGAUGGAAAAGAGCCCUGGAUGGUGGAGAAAAAACUAUCAAAAGACUGGGAAUCAAGAUGGGAAAACAAGAAACUAUCAGUAAAGAAGGAUAUUUAUGAAGAAGAAUCACCCCAAACAGUAAUACUAGAAAAAACUGUAAAACAAAGCUGUGAAUUUUCAAAUUUUGAUAAGAAUUUGGAAUAUAUAGAGAAGUUGGAGGGAAAGCAUGGAAGUCAGAUAGAACAUUUCAGACCAGUGACCAUCAGCUUUAGAGAAAGCCCCACUGGGGAAAGUGAUUACAAAUACCACACAUUUAGAAGCACCUUCCAUUUAAAGUCUGCUCUUUCUGAACCACAAAGAAUUUCUGCUGAAGGGAAAUCACAUGAUAUAUUGAAGAAGAGCUUACUGAAAAAGUCAGUUAUAAAAAAUGAGAAAAUUAGUGAUGGAAAGCAACUUUUAAAUUCUAAUGAAAAUGGGGCAGCUUUCAGCCAGAGCAAAUCUCUUACCCUUCACCAGUCUUGUAAUAGAGAGAAAAUCUAUACAUGCAGUGAAUGUGGGAAAGCUUUUGGCAAACAGUCUAUCCUUAAUCGUCACUGGAGAAUUCAUACAGGAGAGAAACCCUAUGAAUGUCUUGAAUGUGGAAAGACUUUUAGCCAUGGAUCAUCCCUUACUCGACAUCAGAUAAGCCAUAGUGGAGAGAAACCUUACAAAUGUAUGGAAUGCGGGAAGGCCUUUAGCCAUGUCUCCUCACUUACUAAUCAUCAAAGCACUCACACUGGAGAGAAACCAUAUGAAUGUAUGAAUUGUGGAAAGUCUUUUAGUCGUGUUUCACAUCUCAUUGAACAUUUGAGAAUUCAUACUCAAGAAAAACUCUAUGAGUGUCGUAUAUGUGGGAAGGCCUUUAUUCAUAGAUCAUCUCUUAUUCAUCACCAGAAAAUUCAUACUGGAGAGAAACCUUAUGAGUGUAGUGAAUGUGGGAAAGCUUUUUGCUGUAGUUCACACCUCACUCGACAUCAGAGAAUUCACACUAUAGAGAAACAAUAUGAAUGUAACAAAUGUCUGAAAGUCUUUAGUAGCCUCUCAUUUCUUAUUCAACAUCAGAGUAUUCAUACUGAAGAAAAACCCUUUGAAUGUCAGAAAUGCAGGAAAUCCUUCAACCAGCUCGAAUCAUUGAAUAUGCAUUUGCGAAAUCACAUUAGAUUAAAACCUUACGAAUGCAGUAUUUGUGGGAAAGCUUUUAGUCAUAGGUCAUCUCUGCUUCAACAUCACAGAAUUCAUACUGGGGAAAAACCUUAUGAAUGUAUUAAAUGUGGGAAGACCUUCAGCUGUAGCUCAAACCUUACUGUACAUCAGAGAAUUCAUACUGGAGAAAAGCCAUAUAAAUGUAAUGAAUGUGGGAAAGCUUUUAGCAAAGGCUCAAAUCUUACUGCUCAUCAAAGAAUACAUAAUAGUGCAGUGAGUGUGGGAAAGCCUUUAGACAACAUUAAUUACUAUACAUGUGAGAAAUCAUACAGGAGAGAGACAAUAUGAGGUGGCAGUACUCAUAAUAAACAUCAGCCACAGAUCCUCCAUGAUUGAACAUCAGAAAAAUUUAUACUGGAGAAAAUUCCUAUGAAUAUGGUGAAUAUGGGAAGACCUGUAUCAAUGAUGCAAAACUUUUUGCCUAUCAGAGUUCAUACUGUAGAGAAACCAUAUGAAGACAAUAACUGUGGAAAAGGCUUUGUCAGUAUUAAUCCCUUAAUUGUCACAAGCAUAUUCACAAUAGAAAACCUGAUCUAUGUAGCAAAUACAGGAAAGACUGUAAGCAUUAUGAAUUGCUUACAAACUCCUAUAGGAGAGAAGCUGUAUGAAUAUAGAACAUUCAGAAGUUGAGGGAAGUCUUUCAGUUCCAAUUGCAUCCCUUACACUACAGCAAAUAAAUUGAAGAUAACUGAUGUAAGAAAUGUAGCAGAGUGUUCACUAAGAGUUCUUAUCUUGCUAGACAUCAGGAGAUUAAUGAUAGAUCAACCUGAAGGAUGUAGGGAUUGUGUGUAAACCUUCUUUGCAGUGAUGCUAUUUGUAAACCAAAUUCUACAGGAGAGCAAAUAAGCAUAUUAUAAAUAGGCAUUUCUUAAAGGAGUAGCUUACAGUUUUAUUUGUCCUGAGUAGGAACUAUUUUUAUCUAAUGGGCAUGUGAAGAUACUUAGUCACCCAGAGGAAUAGUAAAUGUUAUAAUGUAGAAAAUUAAAGCUGCAAAAGUGAAAAUGGUGCUAAUAAAAUUUGGGGUAUCUAAUAAAUCAUUUU